GCAACAUUCCUGCACCACUGAGGAAAAAAGGAUAAGUGGAAACAAUGGAGAUGGAGUGGAUGGAAAGGGUGUAGUGGAGAGAGGAAAUGUCUCUUUGUGCUGCUUUGAUUUGUGCAGUUAACAGUGCCAAAGAGCAGCCUUUAGUCAUGUAACUACGGAAACACACACACAGAUGAUUUUGCAGUUAGAGUGAUGGCAGGAAGGAAAUGAGGAGAAAAAGAGAAAGAGAGUGACAGAGGGGGAAACUGCAGAUGAGGGUCACUGGGGUUUUCCACUGUGUAGGAUUAGAAAAGACAUAAGAAGUGAGUAAGGAAGAGUAAGGAGGGGAAACAUCUGUAGUCACAAACAGGUCAGACAGGAGACAGAAGAACGCAAGCAGCGAAUGAAUGAACAUCACAAAAUACAGAAGGAAGACGAAAGAGACUUCACUCUUAUCGAUGUUCUUCGUGUGAGAUAAAUGAACCCGCUGUAAUUUCAGAGGAUCAGCGCAGGUUUCGAGGAAGGGCGUAGAGAAAGAUAGUUGUUAUAGCGUCGAGCUUGAAGAUAUUUUACACACCGGUGGAGGACUGUAAUUGAAUGGGCUACAAAUGGCUAUAACUUGCGAGGAUGAGUACAUUGCUAAAAAUGGAAGAUGCUGCCAUCGCUGUCCUGCAGGAAAGUAUGUGCAAUCUGACUGUGACAGCACAAAGACGACUCAGUGUGCUGAAUGUGGAGGUGGAUUCUAUACAGCCACAAAAAAUUAUUUGAAUAAAUGCCAUGUCUGCAAGGACUGUAGUUCCCAUAACAACCAGAGAAAAGCAAAAGACUGCACAGCUACAGCGGACACGGUGUGUGAGUGUGUGACUGGUUUCUACUGUAGCAAUGACCAGUGUGACCACUGCCAGCAAGUGGGAAACUGCCCUCCAGGAGAAGGUGUCAGGCUUCCAGCCACUCGCACCAGUAAUACAGGCUGUGCCCCAUGUGAAAAAGGGACCUACAGCAAUGUGACAGAUUCCUUCUCACCCUGUAAACCACAUACCAGAUGUGAUGAGAUUGGGAGAGUGUUGAAAAUUCCAGGAACCCUAACAACUAAUGCCAUCUGUGGCGACAUCAAACAUCACUGCUCCUUCAUAUUGCCGGCGGGCCUGUGGGCAGGAUUCGCGUUGACGGUGCUCCUCCUAAUGGCUGUCAUCAUCUGCAUGAGGGUAAAACGCAGAUCACGCAGAGCAGCCAGCUUCAGUGAUCCUGUGGCUCUGGUGAAGAAGGUUCCUGCAACACUGGCCACCUCAAUGGAGCUACCGUUAUCAUUUACAGAGAUAAACGGUCACUGCCAAGAGAGCAACACCAUGGAUGACUGCAAGUUAUCGCUUUUUAACCAAGAUGAUAACCCGGUCAGACGCAGUAUGGACAGCAGCUAUCCUAUAACACCACUGAAGGUCUCAGUGUCAUUUGCUGAACCCACUCACUUCAAUGGAUGUGCAGGACACAGCAACUUCCUCAGGACCCACUCAGAGCCACAGGAGGACGAGUGGUGUGGGACAUAACCAAGUAAAUGCUGCAGCAGUAUACUGAUGGAGAACUGAGACUCCCUUGCACUGGGACAUAUUGCAACAUGUUGUACAAACCUAUUUACACCAAGUAGUAUUUAAUUUCUGCAGAUUUGAAGGUGGCUGAUAGUUUGUCGCCCCCUGCAGGUCCUUUAUUAGAACUGUCAGCUUGGGUGGUUAUACAUACUGUAUAAUCAAUGAAUCCAACAUCUUAAAACUCUUGAUACCAAGUCACUAAGAACAUUUGUGAUAUGGACAGACUGGGGCAGCUUUGUACUUUAGUUGUUCCUACUAAUGUGAAUUUGUCUUGGGUAGGAGCUUCUCAAGCUACAGCUCAGCACGGUCUCUAUAAAGGACAAUUGUUAUAUUUUAUAUUUUUCUUACUGUCAUUAAAUCCAAUAAAGGUGUCUAAGCCAGCAACUAA